GCGGAAGCGGAAGCGCCGUAGCGCUUCUAAGAUGGCGGCUCCCAUGGGGUUAUUCUCUCGCUUUACCGCGCUUCUGCCUCGCUUUUUGGGGGGCGCCUGGACUCGGCCUCCGUUUCGCGGACUCCGGCAGGUUGUAGAAACUACUGAAGGGAACACCACAACAAUUGAAGGCAAAAUGAUAGAAGAUGUAGGAAACCCAACUCCUCCAAAUCCUUCUGGUAACUGUCCUAUUUGUCGCUGGAACUUGAAACACAAGUACAAUUAUAUGGAUGUCUUACUGCUAAGUCAAUUCAUAAACUCUAAAGGAGGGAUGAUACCCCGUAGGAUCACAGGCCUUUGUGUGGAAGAGCACAAAAAGAUUGCAGUGUGUGUGCAAAUGGCUCACCGAGCAGGUUUGUUGCCAGAUCAUAAACCUAAACUUCCUGAAGGUUUUGUUCCCAAACCUAAGCAAAUCCUCAACAGGUACAAUACCCGAUACUCUAGCAGGUCUAUGAAACCCAUUUACAAUAAGGGGAGAAAAUGGUGCAAAGUUCCCAUGCCUGUAUCACAUCCAAUUCUUAAAGAUAAUAUUAAUUAUGGAUCAAAGGCCCUUCGUUUUAACCACUGAAGGAGAGUACAGCUUGAGUCAACAGUAGAUGACUACCAUUCAGAGAACCCUGUUUGCAUCAGAAACUCUUGUUCGCUAUUGCGAGUAUUUAGAUGCCCUGCACAGUCUGGAAAAAAAAAAUAGUUGAUGUUGUUGUUGUUUUGCUGGAGCCUGGGAAGGCUAGUUUAACAACCGUCACUUCUAUGGAGGUGUAUCUCAUUUUUGUGUAUAUUCCAAUUAAACUCUUGAGAUUAA